AUGAAAGUUACAAUUUUUAUUAUCUCCAUCGUUUCUUCGCAGAUUCAAUUCCACCAUUGUUGCGGCUCGACGGAUUUAGAUAACCCACCAGAGCCACGAUGGAACAUAACCCUUGACAAUCCAACCAAAAAAAGGUACCAAAGAUCAAUAAGUUACGACGCUAGCGGCGAAGUGCGCUGGGACGGCAGUGAAACAGCAGGAACCGGUUACGUUCCAAAAACAUUGGGUUAUUUAAAAUCAUCCAGUAGUUCCAGGCCAACAGUUCCUUGUUUCAUCAAAGGAACAUCAGUCCGCUUCCAAGGGAAGCCUGUUUACAUAGAUGGAAGCACUGGGUACAUAGACGGCGCUGUUUGCUGGGUCAAAGGGAACACCAACGGAAGACAAGGAAAAACUUGUUACGCCCGAGGAACCAUUGUGAGCCAUUUGUACACCUCAAAAGUUCCAGAACUUGCGUGUGUUGUCCAAGAGUCCAUCGGCUUCGUGAUAGGAAUUAGAUACGGCCGAGGAGUUCCUCCGUAUCGCCUAACAGAGUCCAGUGAUUUAGUAGCUACUGCUUGUACCAUGUCUACGACGUACAACUACGUUCUAGGAACCGUUCUCUAUGAAGAAGGAACCAGCGGUUAUGUGAACGGAAGUUCGUGCUGGGUCAGAGGGCUAAGACACGAUGGAUUAGGUAGAACAUGUGAUGUUCCUGGAACUGCUGGGGAUUUAGUAGGAACUGAUGGACGUGUUUCAGGAACGGCAUGCUACUUACAAUUCUCUACAACUUAUGUUCUAGGAACUAGGUACUAUCAAAUGCCUAAUUGUCAUGCGAAUAGUUUUCCUCUUCAAGAAUUGAAUUGUAAUGAGCAAGUAAACAGCAAUGUUCCAGGAACUAAUCUUAAUGAGCAAGUCAACAGAAAUGUUCCAGGAACUAAUUUUAAUGAGCAAGUCAACAGAAAUGUUCUAGGAACUAAUCGUGAUCAUGGAAGAACUGAACAAGUUCAAAGAACUGGUGUUAACACCCAAAGAACUAGUUCAGAGAGCCAUGCCCUAGGUAGCGCUAGUAGUCAGACACAACGGUCCAAUGACUUUACAAUAAAGUUUGUUGGUCACGAAAUAACUGCUAGUGGUGAUCACGUGCAAAUUUUUUGUUAUUUACGUCCUUCUUUUUUGCAGGUAGGAUCUCCUCAUUUUGUAGAGGGCAGUUCUGGAUAUGUAGAUGGAAGCACUUGUUGGAUAGAAGGAACUGUUAGUUCCACGCAACCAAAUCUCUGUUACGUAGAAGGAUCUAUAAAAACUUUGCAAAGACACAAGGUGUCGAAAGUUGUUUGCUUUGUAUCGUCAACUUCUGGGUAUGAUUUGGAAAAUAAUUAUGUUACAGGAACUAGAAGUUACUAUCAACAUCCGUGCAGAGUUGGGGAAGUUACAGAUUAUUCCGAUGGAACUACCACUUAUUUCCGAGGCUCUCGUGGAUUUGUGUACAGAAAUACUUGCUGGGUUGAAGGAGUUCGAAAAGAUGGCCGGAAGGGUGUUUGUUAUCGAAGAGGGGUUACUUAUCAUGUAAAAAAUAAUUCUGAGAACUCACAUAAAGCUUGUUAUUUCACUGUUAACUAUGCCUUUGUGAUGGAUGAUCGUUAUUAUGAGUUGAAUAGUGAUUCUAAAGUAGAAGAAGAUUCUUUUAGACAUUCGGAAAUUUCUUUACACGAAAAUUCGGAGAGUUCAGUUCAUUGGGAAAGUAGAAGUUUAAUUAAUGACGGGGAAAUUAAAACAAUUCCUCAUGAAAUUCAUAAUCAUGGAUCAAUUCAUAAUCAGGAUCAUGGAACUGUUAAUCAUGGAUCAAUUUAUAAUCAGGAUCAUGGAACUGUUAAUCAUGGAUCAAUUUAUAAUCAGGAUCAUGGAACUGUUAAUCAUGGAUCAAUUCAUAAUCAAGAUCAUGGAACAAUUCAUAAUCAGGAUCAUGGAACAAUUCAUAAUCAGGAUCAUGGAACAAUUUAUAAUCAGGAUUAUGGAACUGUUAAUCAUGGAUCAAUUCAUAAUCAGGAUCAUGGAACAAUUCAUAAUCAGGAUUAUGGAACUGUUAAUCAUGAAUCAAUUCAUAAUCAAGAUCAUGGAACAAUUCAUAAUCAGGAUCAUGGAACAAUUCAUAAUCAGGAUUAUGGAACUGUUAAUCAUGGAUCAAUUUAUAAUCAAGAUCAUGGAACAAUUCAUAAUCAGGAUCAUGGAACAAUUCAUAAUCAGGAUUAUGGAACAAUUCAUAAUCAGGAUCAUGGAACAAUUCAUAAUCAGGAUCAUGGAACUGUUAAUCAUGGAUCAAUUCAUAAUCAGGAUCAUGGAAUAAUUCAUAAUCAGGAUUAUGGAACUGUUAAUCAUGAAUCAAUUCAUAAUCAAGAUCAUGGAACAAUUCAUAAUCAGAAUUAUGGAACUGUUAAUCAUGAAUCAAUUCAUAAUCAAGAUCAUGGAACAAUUUAUAAUCAGGAUCAUGGAACAAUUCAUAAUCAGGAUUAUGGAACUGUUAAUCAUGGAUCAAUUCAUAAUCAAGAUCAUGGAACAAUUCAUAAUCAGGAUCAUGGAACAAUUCAUAAUCAGGAUUAUGGAACUGUUAAUCAUGGAUCAAUUCAUAAUCAAGAUCAUGGAACAAUUCAUAAUCAGGAUCAUGGAACAAUUCAUAAUCAGGAUUAUGGAACUGUUAAUCAUGGAUCAAUUCAUAAUCAAGAUUAUGGAACAAUUCAUAAUCAGGAUCAUGGAACAAUUCAUAAUCAGGAUCAUGGAACUGUUAAUCAUGAAUCAAUUUAUAAUCAGGAUCAUGGAACUGUCCAGGAAGGAAACAAUCGUAGAAUUUAUACUCAAGGAUCUGAAAAUGAACGAGAUUCUAAUUCAGAUUUUGAAAGUCGUCAGACUACAAAUGAUUUUCAGCAGGAGCACCAUAAACAAUAUGAAGAAAAUGUCAAUUAUAAUUAUGGUUCUUCUGAAAAUUCUCAAAUCAAUUGGUCAGUAGGUAAUCAUCAUGAAGAACAAUCAAAAGAAGAAAUUAAUAGAAGUGAUGAACAAUCUAGAAGAAAUUUUAUAAUGCGGGGAAAAGAUCAAAGUCGUGAAACUGGAAGAAAUCAGCAAGACUUUAAAAAUCACUUUUACCAA